UUCUUCUCCAUGUUUCAGAUAAGGUGCAUCGUUCCCUGCUCGUGGUCCACUCGUGGAGUCAUUUCCACCAGGAAGCUUCGUCGCCACAUCCAAGUCGUAUUCCGGAGCGUAUCUCGACCACCUGCAUCGGGGGAAGGUGAGGGGCAAAACCCCACUGUAAAAAACAAAAGGCACCAUGGCCAUUUUCUAAAGCUGCCAUCUUUGACCCAGUCCGAAGAAGAAGAUCUGCCGUGGCAGAUGCAGAGAGUAAAGUCGGGGCCAAAGAAAAGCCGACAGACAACCAGCAGCCCAUCGGGCAAUCAGUCGAACCGCAAAGGGCACGUGAAGGUUGUACUGGUUUCCCACAUCAACUUUUUCAUUGUUUAUAGAUGAGGGAGGAGAAGCAGUUGAUGUCACAAGAUUGGAGAAAAGACAGCCUCUCCGACGAAACAAG